UCCAGCUGCUGCCUCGAGGAAGUGGUGCAGGCUUCAAGUCGCGCGAAUGUCGCACCACGCACAACAGACUGACAACCCACACCAUCAGCCAUGGUCUCCACGCGAUCUGGAGGCGCAUCAGGCAACAGGUACUCUGUCAUCUUACCAACCUAUAAUGAGCGAUCCAACCUACCCAUCAUUGUAUACCUGAUUGCCAGGACAUUCAAGGAUGCGGAGCUCGACUGGGAGAUUGUCAUUGUCGAUGAUGCAAGCCCAGAUGGCACACAGGACAUCGCCAAACAGCUCAUCAAAGUCUAUGGCAGUCAGCAUAUCUUGCUCAAGCCGCGCGCUGGCAAGCUUGGUCUCGGCACAGCGUACAUGCACGGCCUGGAGUUUGCGACGGGCAACUACGUUGUGAUUAUGGAUGCUGACUUUUCGCAUCAUCCGCAUCAUAUUCCUGAGUUCAUUGAGAAGCAAAAAGAGGGAGACUACGAUAUCGUCCUUGGUACACGGUAUGCGGGUAAUGGCGGUGUCUACGGAUGGGACUUCAAGCGUAAGCUCGUAUCGCGAGGCGCCAACUUGUUGUCACGCGUGAUUCUGCAACCCAAUGUAUCGGACGUGACUGGAUCGUUCCGUUUGUACAAGAUGGAUGUUCUGAAGCAGGUCAUUUCGGAGACCAAGAGCAAAGGCUAUGUCUUCCAGAUGGAGAUGAUUGUACGCGCGCGUGAAGCGGGUUACAAAAUUGCAGAGGUGCCCAUUGCCUUUGUGGAUCGCAUCUACGGAGACUCGAAGCUCGGCAGUGAUGAGAUUACGCAGUACGCCAAGGGCGUCUGGUCACUCUUUGUGAACAUCUAGAAGAACUUGAUUCCUACCUCUUCCCCAUCGCUGCCCUUCAUCAUUUGCGCUUUGCCCUUCUUGGCAAGCACCUGUAUAGCGCUCCUCAAGAUGGCCGGAUCAAGCUGAUAGAAGUCUUGAUCUGCAACACGAUCUUCCUGCGUGAGUUCAUACACCGUCAAGACGCUGCCAGUCUGGCCCGUGUCUUCAAUAUAUUUCUGCAGCCGUGCUGCCCAUUCCUCUGGCCGCCGCCAGUAGAUAUAGGCUCCUGUUUUGGCCUUGCUC